ACAAUUGGAGUGAUCCUUAAAAGUUCAUAAAAUAGAAAAACAUACAUUAACCAACUGACCAACCUACCGACCGGCUCUGCUAUAGGAAGAUGAUUGGAAAUCCACCAAAAUUUGUCAUCAUGCUAAACUACCUUAACUAUGUACUUACUGGAAGCAGCAUGAAUUGGCCCUUGUAAAUCUCAAACGCUACACGCAUAUGAAUAUACACACAUGCAAUGGAAUAUUGAUCGUAAUCAUUAUAAAUAAAUAAUCGUUUAUGAGAGCUCUUAUGCCUCUGUAAUCUGUUUGUAUAUAAUGAUAAUUCCUGAGUCUACAUAUUCACAAUUUUAAUUUUUAUUAGUUCAGAAGUUGCAGUAGCAAUCUGAAGGAAAUUGCAAAAAUAACUAAGGAUACAGUAGCAUGAAAAGACGAUCAUUUAUACGGAUAUUUAUGAUACUAUGCUUGAUGAUGUAUAUGAUGAUGUUAAUAAGCGUCCAGAAGAUCUUGGAUAGAGCAGACAACGCAUUGUAUACUAGCCUUAGGGAUGGCAAAAGAUUAUCAAAUACGGCCAACAAUUCUCAAACAGUCAGUAAAGAAAAUAAGAAUGGUUUAUACCAUGAUAGUCACAAAAUGAAGAAACGUGACAUUAAGAAAAUAGUACCAGAGACAAACUGUACCGGGUACAGCCGGCAAGUAGCGCCAACGACAAAUCUGUCCAUAACCAAAAAACACAAUCCUUUGCAGACAUCAAAUGAUUGUCAACCUCUUUCAUUUUCUAAAGGAUGGCCAAAGACUGCUCUGGUUAGCUUUCCUGGGUCCGGUAACACUUGGGCCAGGCAUCUGGUGCAACAACUAAGCGGUGCGUUUACUGGCUCCAUCUAUCGGGAUGGUUUACUGAUGAAAAAAUUCCCGGGAGAGGGCAAAAAAGAUGACUCCGUGGUAGCGAUCAAAACACACGAACCUUUAUGGAACCACAACGAUGGAGUAACUUUCCAGAGAGCUAUUCUAGUCAUACGGAAUCCCUUUGAUGCGCUAAAGGCUGAAUAUACCAGGAGAUCUGGAAUGGGACAUAACAAGGAAGUUGUCGACCCAUCAAAUUAUUUUCAUAAGAGAAAACGAGACUGGGGACUUUUUCUGAAUGGUAAGAGGCCCAAUUCUGCAUCGUUUGUUAGCAUGCAUGGGUGGAUGUACUCAACAAUUGAAUGGCUAACAGAGUUCCCGGGACAUCUCAUUGUAGUUCACUACGAGCAGCUUAAAAAGAACCUGAAAUCGCAGUUGAUAGAGAUAGCGUCAUUUCUUAAAAUCAACGUAACUCAGUCUCUAUUAGACUGCAUAAUUUGUUCGAACUCAGAUGGGGGAUUUAAGAGAAGGCACCGAACUAAUGAAACGUUUGAUCCAUUUGAUAAUAGAACAAAGGCUGUGCUUAACCAUUAUGUUAAAAUUGUUGAGACAACGCUAGAAAGUGUUUGUUAUACAGAUAGGGUAACCUGUGUAGAUGACCCAGUUAUUAUAUGACGUUGAUUAAAUCUAGAACCAGGGCUACACUCCCUUCCAAAAGUUUGGAGAGUCUUGCUCACCACCUUGCAUUGGGUAGCCUGUUAAAACCUGUUUAAGGCCUCCUCACACAUUUACGGAAAACCGCCGACGUCAACUUGCGUGUACUAGCGAAUAAGACUGAAGAUUCAAUUCGCAAGGAUUGAGGAUUUUCUAAUCAAUGCAUGAUUCACGAUUUUCAUAUUGAGGAAAAGUUCCAUAAUUGCUCACGGUGAAGUAAUUGAAUGUUUGAAAUCAACCGUUAGCUCAAAAUAUUGUCAAGUUGGAUUUUGGCAUUGAAAAUAUCUUGUUUAGAGAAAAUAACUUUUCGGAGAAAUAAAAAUGACUUGGCGCCAAAUAUAAUUGUACCUACAUGUAUUGCAAUUUUGUCAAAAACAAGAUCUGUUUUAAGUAUAGAUGUCAUGCUAGUAUAAAAAUGUUGCAAAUUCAGGGUCCGCACAAGGAGGAUUGGACACCAGAGUGCGACAUCGAUAUAAAGAUCUGUCCCAU